AUGAGGUCCAGCAGUCUCAAGACUUCCUCUGUCGGUGCUGGUAGCAGCAGUGAAGCUUCAACUCACCUCAAUAUUCCUACGCCAGCAGGCAACAGAGCUUUUAGCAAAGGAAGCAUUGUGAAGCUCAGCAACCACAUUUUACUUUUAACUUACCAGAAUGAGGUGCUUAAACACAUCUUAGAAGAAACCAGAUUAUCCAGCAGCCCUGAGAGUCCAGGAUUUCUGAACAUACCUCUUUCUUAUACCUAUGAUGAGAAUACUAUGGACGUCAGCAUUCACGUGAGAACCUACACUGAGGCAGAUGGCUUUUUGCACAAAUAUGGUUUUGAGUAUCAAGGAUCCGCAGAACGAGGUCUCAUUACUCCACUGACAGAAAGGACGCUUUACAACCUGCUGUCUGUUUUCUCCAGAGGGACGGGAAUACUCCUCACAGGACCUGAGAGGACUGGAAAGCAAACCACUCUGAAGGAGAUAAGCUUACUUUUGGGGAAAGCGUUGUUCUUCAUUAGCUGCUCAAAAGCAGUGGAUCACAAAACCCUUCUUAAUGUCUGCUAUGGUUUGGCUGCAGCAGGUGAUUUGGUGUGUUUUCUUGACAUCGAUCGAAUGAAGCCCCUGGCCCUUUAUGACGUGGCAUAUUGGAUGGGGCAAAUUCAAGAAGCAGUACAUUCUGGGAAGGCCUCUGUCCUCAUGGAGUUACAAGAUGUUCCACUUAAGCUGAAUGGAGGAUGUGUUGCAACUAUUACAAGCUAUCCUGUAAAGCAGAUAAAAAACGGACAACUGCCAAGAUUUGCAUCUCCUGUAGCCACUAUUCCUGACCGCCUCUUGCAGUGUUUUCGUGUUGUUAGCAGCACAGAUGUCAGUCACAGUUUCAUUGUAGAAACUCUACUUUUUGUGGCAGGGUUUUCUGGAGUUGGACUGCAGGCAAGAAAGUUAUUGGCACUAUUUGAGUUUUUUCUGAAGACAUCUGCAACAUUUACUGCCUCUUCUGUGCAUCUUGGAAAUGCUGCUGGCAGCUUUCCGUGGCAACUCUCAAGUAUAAGAAAUGUUAUUUCUUAUGCAGGCAGCCUAUUAUGCACCAUGAAACUCAAGCAAGACUUACUUGCAGGAGAAAGUGAAGGGAAAGAAGAUGAUGUUGCAGCAGUGCAGGAUGGACUGCAAGACAAGGCACUGAUGACUGCGUUCCAUCAGUGCAUUUUUCCUCAGAUGUCUGUUCCUCAGCAGAAGUGCAUGAGAGAGCUUAUUGAGACCCUGUGGCCAAAUGUUGAACUUCCAAAGCAGUGGAUGCCACUGAAUGAAGGAGGCCAGUCUGAAGAAACCAUACAAGUGAACAGUCAGGAGACACCUCCAUCUAAAUCUGAGCUGAGCCAUGCAGAUGGACCCUCCGUUGAUAUCACUGAGGCAGUUUCAAGAGUAAUUGAAAAACAGAAGCUGUUUCCUGAUAUGGCAUUCACUGCUUCUGUCCUAGAAGUAGCCCAGAUUGUGCCAAACUACAGAAUGGUGGUGGUCGUGGGACCAGCUGGUUGUGGAAAGUCUGAGCGAGUUAAUAUCUAUCUGCAAGCUCUCAAGGAGCUAGGAAUCCAAGUGAAAGUCCAAAGAGUGUUUACAAGAGCACUGGAAUCGCAGCAUUUGCUUGGAUUCAGCAACCCCCAGACUGGGUGGACAGAUGGUCUAUUGCCCAGGCUACUCAGGCAUCAUUCCCUAGAGUUGCUUACCACAUCUGAAGGACCGAGUGAGAAGAUGACAGCUCUACACUUUGAUGGAGACAUUGAUAUGCAACAUGUGAAGAACAUUCAAGCACUCCUCUGCGGCAGCGACUUGUUCAUACUCUCCAGCAAUGAGCGCAUCAAGCUACCAGACUCGAUUAAAUUGUUUUGGGAGCUUGAAUCUCUGGAAAACAUCAACCCAGCACUUGCUUGCUGCUUGGGGCUCUUGGUGGUGACAGAUGCCCAGGAGGUGUGGAGGCUGAUUCUGAACAAGUGGUACAACGCCUGGCCCCAAACAAGCCAACAGGUCCUACGACAGCUCACAGAAGAGUUUUUGGGACCUGCCUUGCAGUGGGUGUGUGAGAGUUCUCCACUCAGAAGCCCAGAGCACAAGAGGACAGUCCUCAUGAUGAACAAAGUGGUCAACAACACUUCAGAAAACAUGGUUCAGACCUUCUGCAGAAUUUUCGAGGCCCUCUGUCCUCCAAGUUUGGAACUGCAGUAUGAAGAAAUGAAGAAAUGCUUCCUGUUCUCAUGCAUCUGGGCUGUUGGAGGCACUUUAAAUAAGCAGUCACAAAGUGUGUUUAAUCACUUGUGGAGAGAGCAUUUCCGUGAGAUUUGCUGCUUUCCUCCUGAAGGAGAGAUAUGGGACUAUUAUUUUGACAGUGAGACUCGUCAUUUUGUCCAAUGGAGUGAUGCUGUUCCCAUUUAUUCUGCUCCAGCAGGCUUUGGAAUAUCUCCCCAAGCCUUUGUCCAUACAGUUGACCAAGAGCAACAAAAAGUUCUUAUAAUCCGUUCUAGGUCUCUGCAGCUAGUGAACUCCUCAGUACGACAUGGGGUAAACCUGGAAAUGCCAACAGAUAGUUCAAGUCCACUUUUAAAGCUGGUGGAUGGACUGUAUAUUCUGUACAGACAGUCAGAUAUGACAUAG